CUCCUCAGAACUCUCUACACCUAAAUUCAUGAUACGCCCCUUUUCUAGUUCGGUUCUGUUGUAGCGUUGUGGACGUGGCAUGCUCUCCACGGCGAGAUCUUCGUUCCUUCCAGAAAUGGGGACCUUAAAGCAAUUGCUCCUCCUUUGGAGCAACCCAAUUGUCAUUGCCUAUAGCUUUCUUGCAGUCAACAGCGCCUUCAGCAAGACCAUCACCGACAACCUUAACCUACUAUCACCCCCAACUCACAAUGUCAACCACUCACCAGCGUUAGCACACGCAGACACCCCAACCUUCCCAAGCUUCCUGCCUCCCCCGUCCCUCGACGCAUGGUACUCCCCGCCUGCGGGCUGGGAAUCAACCGCACCCGGCACAGUACUCCGCAUCCGGCCGCACGCCUACCCAACCAUCAACAUCAGGCACUGCCGCGACACCUUCCAGCUGCUCUACCGCUCCUCCGACACGCACGGCAACCCAAGCUGGGCGGUGACCACCGUCUUUGUGCCCUCCUCCCAUCCUGCAAAACCUAACAACAACAACACCACCACCACCACCACCACCACCACCAGCAGCAGCAGCAGUAACAGCAACAGCACAAACCCAGGACAUGAAGUCAUACGAGUAGUCUCGUACCAAGUCCCAAGCGACUCCGUCUCGCCCGACGCGGCACCGUCCUACCUCCUACAGGCGCUCGAACCGUACGGCGAAAUGCGCGACCUGCUCGCGCGGGGGUGGUUUGUCGCGGUGCCGGAUUACGAAGGACCCCAGGCAAGCUACUGCGCGGGCAAACAGGCCGGGUACGCGACGCUGGACGGGAUCCGGGCGGUGCGCGACGCCGCGGCAAGCUUCCCACUCCUCCGCGACGAGUUUAACCUCCACUCCAAUAGCACCAUGCGCGCCGCUAUCUGGGGGUACUCAGGCGGCGGGUUCGCGGGUGGGUUCGCCAUGGAGCUGGUUUCGGCGUACGCGCCCGACUUGAUUCCAGUUCCCCACGGGCAGGACGGGAACGGGAAUGAGGGUGGGGUGCUUGUUGGCGCCGCAGUGGGCGGGCCGAGUCCGAACCUCACGACCGUUUUUCAAGCCAUGAACGGGCGUGACACGGCCGGGCUGGCGCUGGCGUCCCUUGUGGGCGUCACCAUGCAGUGGCCUGAAGUGAGGAGCUUCAUGCUCUCGCGGUUGAAGCAGGCCGGACCGUACAAUGCCACGGGAUUCCUGGCCGUGGAGAAGAUGUCAGGAGUGCAGGCGCUGAUGGCGUACUCCAAGCAUGAUGUGUACGGGUACUUUGAGGGCGGGGAGAGGGAUGUUUGGGACCCGGUGAUGCAAAAGGUGGUUGAUGCUGAUGCUGUAAUGGGCGUGCACGGCGCACCGCCAAGGGAGGUGCCCGUGUUUGUGUAUAAGGCUGUGGCUGAUGAGAUGAGCGCCGUGGAGGAGACGGAUGAGCUGGUACGCGCUUACUGCGCAGGCGGCGGCAGAGUGCUCUAUCACCGGAAUGAGCUGGGCGGACACAACGACGAACUGUGGAGUGGGAGGUUAAGGACGAUGGAUUUCCUGGCUCACAUCCUGGAUGACAAGAGGAGCGACAACUUCACCCUGCCGGGGGUGGGUUGCCGAACAGAGAACGUGAGGGUGCCGCUUGAUGUUUUGGGCCUGCUGCCGGACUGGUGGUUCACAGGGACGCCUCGGAAGUAACCAGGUCAUGUAGAAGUGAAUGGUAUCAUUGCGAACCCAGGAAUCAAAACUCCAAGUGUCUUAAUCAAUGCUCAAGGCGCUGCCCGCUACAAUCCAUCGAUUACCAUAUAUCUUAAUUCCGUUCUUCA